UCGCAGUCAGAUCCUCUUGUUUCAAUAAUGGACGCGGAUCUCACAACGUUUGGUGGCUCUCUUCUAGUCCCGAGUGUUCUAGAGUUGGCAAACGGGGCCAUAACUGAAAUCCCACCUCGCUAUGUCCGUACCGAGCAAGAUGGCCUUUCCAUGCAUGAUGAACAAGGAACUCCCUCGCUUCAAAUACCGGUAAUUGACCUGAACAAGCUCUUGUCAGUCAAUGGCGAUCUGAUGGAGUCCGAGCUUCAAAAGUUGCAUGCUGCAUGCAGAGAUUGGGGAUUCUUCCAAGUGAUAAAUCAUGGAGUGAGUUGUUCACUGGUGGAGGAAGUGAAGUUGGGAAUACAAGAGUUGUUCAAGCUUCCAAUGGAGGAGAAGAGGAAGCUUUGGCAAGAAGAAGGAGACUUGGAGGGUUUUGGGCAGGCGUUUGUUGUGUCCGAGGAGCAGAAGCUUGAUUGGGCCGACCUCUUUUGCCUGGUGUCCCUCCCAAGACAUCUGAGAAAGCCUCGCCUUUUUCCCAUGCUUCCUUCUCCCUUCAGAGAUGUGUUGGAUGAAUACUCCUCGGCGCUCCGAGAUCUUGCGAUGAAGUUACUCGUUCUCAUGGCGAAAGCUCUGAAGGUGGACACUGAGGAGAUGGUAGAACUGUUUGAUGGAGGCAUGCAAGCCUUUAGGAUGAACUAUUACCCGCCGUGUCCGCGACCUGAGCUCGUCAUCGGCCUCACUCCUCACUCCGACGCCAUAGGCCUCACCAUUCUUCUCCAGGUCAAUGAAAUGGAAGGCCUCCAAGUAAGGAAAGAGGGCAAGUGGGUUUCUGUCAAGCCCCUUCCUAAUGCAUUCGUUGUCAACAUCGGAGACAUUUUAGAGAUUGUGACGAAUGGUACUUAUCGUAGCAUUGAGCACCGUGCAACAGUUAACUCGAUGAAGGAGAGGCUCUCAAUUGCCACAUUUUACAGCCCGAAAUUGGAGGGGGAAAUGGGUCCUGCAUCGAGCUUGAUCACACCAGACAAGCCAGCACUGUUCAAGCGGAUAGUCGUUGCCGAUUACUUCAAGGGACUCUUCUCUCGUAAGCUUGAAGGGAAGUCAUAUCUUGACGUUAUGAGGAGUGAGGAAAAUAAUGGGAACUGAAUUUAACCAUUGAGAAACCAAACUAUACAAGC